GUGCAUACGUGUCAGGCUGUUUCUCAGAAAGAUGUUUUGACAAAUUCGUGGUAUGAAGUUGCAGGGAGGGCUAAAAAGACUCUCUGAUGAGGGGCGGAGGUGAGAAAGUACCACGACCACACAACAACACACACAUACACACACACACACACUGUACGCAAAUACAUAUGGAAACACGUCAUCAGUGCAGAGAUGAUGAUGAUGUUUUGCACUUACCAAUAAAUAUCCAAACACCCGUCAGCUUGUGUAGUUGCAGCCUCAUCAGUCGACCCGUCCACCAUACGAUCCUAUGCACAAAAUGUCCAUGAUGAAGACUCUGUCUAUCCUCCUCCUGCUCUCAGUGUGUCUGCUGUCCCAGGCCUCUGCAAAGAGACUCCACGUUCGGAAACAUGUCACUCCAUGCUGCACAGCGGUCUCCGAUUUUGACAUCAGCAGUGAAGUGACUGCGAAUACAUAUUCUGAACAAUCUACCCGAUCUGGCUGUGUGAAGGCUGUGAUCUUCCAGACAGGAGCCAAAAAGGUCUGCGUUGACCCCGAGGCCGAGUGGGUCAAGAACCUUAUGGCCAAUAUGACGAAGACGACGCUGUGAAGGAUCGCCGCCCAUCUGAGCUAAAUAUUUUCCUGCUGCUUUUCAAAACGCCCACCACACACACACACACACGCACAAACACACACACAAACACACACACACACACACACACACACACACACACACACUUGUACUUCUAUCUUUGUGAGGGCCCUCAUUGGAAUAGUGAAGUCGUUAGUUUUAAUUAGUUUUUAGAGUGAGUUUGCUAGUUUUAGUUUAGGAUUUUUUUUUAUUAAUGCUUUAGUUUUUAUUAGUUUUAGUGUUAGUUUUAGUUUUUUGUAAUGGGGUAUUUGUUGGGUGGGAGAUUAAAAGAGGUCACCGUAAAUUUUGACAAAGACGAAAAUGAAGGACAUUUUCACUUUAAUUUUAGUUAGUUUUGAAACCACACAAUACAGUUUCAGUUAAUUAUCAUUAUCAUGUAACCUUUAACCCUUAAAACAAAGUCUGAAAUCUCAAAAAAGCCUUUAAAGAAGUGAGGACCUGCUGAAAUGUCCUCACUCUGUUGGUUAAAAAUGUGUUCCGGUCCUCACUAUGUAGGCAGUACAAGAACACACACACGCGCGAACACACACACGCGCGAACACACACACACACACACACACACACACACCACUGUAAUGAUCCUGAAUGCUUACAGCUGAAUUUUGUAUUCCAAAUCAUUUUUGCUUGUUUCCUGAAUUAAUGUUUAAUAUAUAACAAUAUAUUUUCUUUUUAAAGAAUGUCAUGUUUCUUAAUUAUUUGUAUAAAACCUAAAAGUUGCAAUGAACUGCUAUUUUGACUAAGACAAAAAUAAAGAACGACA